AUGUUUGCUGCCAGAGCGAUCUCCCGUAUUGGGCGGGUUCCCUUUACCCGUUUUCCAGCUUCCUCGCCCUUUGCCCGAUCCAUCUCAACCAAAUCGCAAGCUUUUCGAGUUUAUGUCCCAGUAGCCAUUCAUAAGAAUCCUCGCUUGAGUGCUCAAUUUUCAACUUCGUUUCGUUCUUUUGAAAAAGAAGGAACGGUCGACGAGGAAUUGGCUGCAAAAAUUCAGGCCGAGCUGGAAUUGGAGAAAAUGAGAGAUGUAGAUGAUGACAUGCCACUCAGCGUUAAAGAGUUCCUAGAAAACGGUCCAUUCAGGAUCGUAGACAAACCUGGCGAAGAAGAAGUUGAAUUGAUUCGUCAGUUCGGUGAUGAGACAAUCCGUAUCGAAUUCUCAAUCGCAGAUCUGAACGCUACAUCUCCCGACGAGUUAGAUGAAACAAACUUAUUCAAUGAUGGCACGGAAGAAGAUAUUGCCGCCGGUCAAUCUGGUGGCGCUCAAUCAAAAGCUGCAAAGGCCGAGGGACGUGUUCAAACUGCAAAUGACGAGAUGGAUGAGGAAGACGAGGAGUUUGAUGAUGAGACACCCGUCAGCUUCCCAUCACGCGUGAAUGUCACCAUUGAGAAGGCCAAUGGUGGAGCACUUCAGUUCGAAGCCGUUGCGCAGGAUGGCAUGAUAGUCAUUGAUAACGUCUUCUAUCACAAGUCAGCGCAACUAGCCACGGCUAAGACUGCUAACGCCGACUGGGAGCGGAGGGGACUGUAUGCUGGGCCUCCAUUUGGAAAUCUAGACGAGGAUCUUCAAGUCCUUUUGGAGAGAUACCUUGACGAGAGAGGCAUUAACACUGCUCUGGCUCUUUUCAUCCCUGAUUACAUUGACUACAAGGAACAAAAGGAAUAUGUCUCGUGGUUGAGCAAUGUCAAGGACUUUGUUGAGAGCUAA